UGGUGAUCAAAGAAACACUUGAGUGAUGAACUGCUUUUGCAGAAGUCGUCUAAGGCAGUAAUUUGAGCUUGUGUGUGCGGUAGCUAGCUUGUUUUGCUGAAGCGUUCUUCCUCAACAGUAUUUCUGCCUAACGCGUUCCCUGAUGGAGAAAUCACAGCUACUGCCCCAUGAAGGAAAAAUGAAUGCUCCGCAUUGCUUGUGUCCCUGACGGAGUAACGCUGUCUGCGCUGCUGGCAUUUGGGGAGGCUGGAUUCAACCGGCAGUAUUAUUCAAGGAGUUCAUUGUCCCCCGUGGUCUGACUCAUCGCAUGUAAAUGUACUGCAGCCGUGCUGUACGUUGCAGAUAUCUUCCUUGCAUGGGAAAGAAUUAUUUUCCUCUGAGCAGGUCUUGAAUAACUGCUGGAAACAAGAUGCAUUUUUCUGGCUGGACUGUUUUUGACAUUGAAAAGGGAAGCAGUAGAAUGACAGGAUGAUCAGAACGUGCGUUUAUUUUCAGUCACCACUAGGCCUGCGACGGUUGAUUUAAAACUGACCUUGCCGGAGUGGGUAUAACUGCGGCUGUGUCUCUCAGGGCAAUUGUUCCUUGUUCCGUCCUCGAUAGGACGGUGUGGUGUCUUCUGCAACAAUGAUUUCACUGUGGGGGUAGAAGGACGCUGUGGAAGUUGUGACAUUAACAGAGACAAAUUUGCUUGUGAAAGGACAGCUGUGUGUGACAGUGAGCGCUGUUCGAAUGGAAUUGGACUCGGGAUAUUUUUAUCAGCUGUUCCACAGUUUCAUUAUUGUGGUUUUGAUGCCUAAGGAAAUUUUAUUUUAAACAGAACAACUUUUUUUUUCAGCAUUGUCUUGAACAUCUCAGGGUGUUUAAAUCUGAAAAAUGAAGUGUAAGGGGGGGUUGGAACGUCCUUUUUUAAAUGCUAAUACACCAGCGGUAGCACUCACAAGUUUGUGAGGGCAUGUGAAGCAGGUGAAAGUAUUUCCUCUAUGGUCCCCCUUGUGAUACCUGCGGUCUGGUUCCAAAAAUACUGUUGCUGGCAUUUUUUUGUUUGCUUUUGCUUCCUCAAACGGAUCGAAUGAGUCGAGUCUGUAUUGUUGUUUUGGAGGAGGUAGAAGAUGAUUCUCCCACAUUUAUUUCCAAAUUACCUCAGGAAAAUGUAUCUUUACGUCCAUCGCUGUCUGGAAACGUGCUGCCACCAUUGGUUCAAGCUAUAUUUAAUGGAGAUCCUGAUGAAGUUCGAGCACUGAUAUUUAAGAAAGAAGAUGUUAACUUUCAGGAUAAUGAGAAAAGGACCCCUUUACAUGCUGCUGCCUAUCUGGGAGAUGCAGAAAUUAUUGAACUACUUAUUUUAUCUGGAGCUAGAGUUAAUGCCAAAGACAGCAAAUGGUUGACUCCUUUACACAGAGCUGUGGCAUCUUGUAGUGAGGAUGCUGUUCAGGUGUUGUUAAAGCAUUCAGCGGAUGUCAAUGCUCGUGAUAAAAACUGGCAGACACCCCUACAUAUAGCAGCUGCAAACAAAGCUGUGAAAUGUGCUGAAGCUUUGGUGCCUCUCCUAAGCAACGUAAAUGUGUCUGAUCGAGCAGGCAGAACUGCAUUGCAUCAUGCAGCCCUCAGUGGACACGUUGAGAUGGUCAGCUUACUGUUGUCUAGAGGAGCCAAUAUUAAUGCAUUUGACAAGAAAGACAGACGAGCUAUACAUUGGGCAGCAUAUAUGGGUCAUAUUGAGGUUGUGAAAUUACUGGUGGCCCAUGGAGCUGAAGUGACAUGCAAAGACAAGAAAUCGUAUACACCCUUACAUGCUGCAGCAUCUAAUGGGAUGAUUGGUGUAGUCAAAUAUCUCCUAGAUCUUGGAGUUGAUAUGAAUGAACCAAAUGCCUAUGGAAAUACUCCUCUCCAUGUAGCUUGCUACAACGGGCAAGAUGUUGUAGUGAAUGAACUCAUAGACUGUGGUGCUAACGUAAAUCAAAUCAACGAGAAGGGUUUUACACCUUUGCACUUUGCUGCUGCGUCAACACGUGGAGCAUUGUGUUUAGAGCUUUUGGUUUGUAAUGGAGCAGAUGUAAAUAUGAAGAGUAAAGAUGGGAAAACACCUUUGCACAUGACAGCAAUCCACGGUAGAUUUUCAAGAUCUCAAACCAUCAUUCGAAAUGGAGCUGAAAUAGACUGUGAAGAUAAGAAUGGAAAUACUCCUUUGCAUAUAGCAGCGAGAUAUGGCCAUGAGCUAUUAAUCAACACUCUGAUUACGAGUGGUGCUGACACUGCAAAGCGGGGUAUACAUGGGAUGUUUCCUCUCCAUUUGGCAGCACUAAGUGGAUUUUCAGAUUGCUGCAGAAAGCUCCUCUCUUCAGGUUUUGACAUUGACACACCAGAUGACUUUGGCAGGACUUGUCUUCAUGCAGCCGCGGCUGGAGGGAAUUUGGAGUGCCUAAAUCUUCUGCUAAAUACUGGUGCAGACUUCAACAAAAAGGACAGAUUUGGGAGAACUCCACUCCAUUAUGCUGCUGCCAAUUGUAAUUAUCAGUGCCUGUUUGCCCUUGUGGGAUCUGGAGCUAGUGUGAAUGACCUUGAUGAGAGGGGUUGUACACCUCUGCACUAUGCAGCUGCAUCAGACACAGAUGGAAAGUGCCUGGAAUACUUGCUAAGAAAUGAUGCCAAUCCGGGGAUCCGAGACAAGCAAGGAUACAAUGCAGUUCAUUAUUCAGCUGCUUAUGGUCAUCGCUUAUGUCUUGAAUUGAUUGCAAGCGAAACACCUCUAGAUGUUCUAAUGGAAACAUCAGGUACUGACAUGCUGAAUGAUUCAGACAACAGAGCACCUAUAAGUCCACUGCAUUUAGCUGCCUAUCAUGGCCACCAUCAAGCUCUGGAAGUGCUGGUACAGUCACUGCUGGACCUCGAUGUAAGGAAUAAUAACGGAAGGACACCAUUGGAUCUUGCUGCCUUUAAGGGACACGUGGAAUGUGUAGAUGUGCUCAUUAAUCAGGGAGCAUCAAUCUUGGUGAAAGAUUAUGUUGUAAAGAGGACCCCAAUACAUGCUGCAGCUACAAAUGGUCACUCAGAAUGUUUGCGGCUAUUGAUAGGAAAUGCAGAACCACAGAAUGCAGUGGACAUUCAAGAUGGAAAUGGACAGACUCCUCUGAUGUUGUCAGUUCUCAAUGGUCACACCGACUGCGUUUAUUCACUCCUUAACAAAGGAGCAAAUGUAGAUGCCAAAGAUAAGUGGGGAAGGACGGCAUUACAUAGAGGGGCGGUUACUGGGCACGAGGAAUGUGUGGAGGCGUUGCUUCAACAUGGUGCUAAGUCCUUAUUACGAGACUGUAGGGGGCGAACCCCUAUACACUUGUCAGCGGCAUGUGGACAUAUAGGUGUUCUAGGAGCUCUCCUGCAGUCAGCUACAUCUGUGGAUGCAGUACCUGCAAUAGCAGACAAUCACGGCUAUACAUCACUGCAUUGGGCCUGCUAUAAUGGUCAUGACAGUUGUGUAGAGCUCCUCUUGGAACAGGAAGUUUUCCAGAAAAUGGAAGGAAAUUCUUUCAGUCCAUUGCAUUGUGCUGUGAUAAAUGAUAAUGAAGGUGCUGCAGAAAUGUUAAUUGAUACACUAGGUGCUGGUAUUGUAAAUGCCACUGAUUCAAAAGGAAGAACUCCUCUUCAUGCAGCAGCUUUUACAGAUCACAUUGAGUGUCUACAGCUUCUGCUCAGUCACAAUGCUCAAGUAAAUGCUGUAGAUUCUUCUGGGAAAACACCUUUAAUGAUGGCUGCAGAAAAUGGACAGACAAGUACAGUGGAGGUGCUGGUUAGCAGUGCUAAGGCUGAUCUGACUUUGCAAGACAGUUCUAAGAACACAGCGCUCCAUUUGGCUUGCAGCAAGGGUCAUGAAACUAGUGCCUUGUUAAUACUGGAGAAGAUUACGGAUAGAAACCUCAUCAAUGCCACCAACGCAGCCUUGCAAACACCUCUGCAUGUUGCUGCUCGGAAUGGACUAACAGUUGUAGUUCAAGAACUUUUAGGGAAGGGAGCAAGUGUACUUGCUGUAGAUGAAAAUGGUUACACACCAGCUUUGGCCUGCGCGCCCAAUAAGGAUGUGGCUGAUUGCCUAGCUCUUAUUCUGGCCACGAUGAUGCCUGUUUCAUCGAGCAGCACGUUACCUUCCCUUACCUUCAAUGCCAUUAAUCAUUACACCAACACCUCAAAAACUGUCACCUUCGAUUCCUUGCCAAUCAUGAGGAGUGACCAUAGCUCUUACUGUACUUUCAAUAACAUUGGCAGGGAAGAUGGCUACCCAUAUACAGAAGAAGACGAACUCAAUGACUCAGAUUCUGAGACGUAUUAGAAGCUACGUUGUGUAGGUCUGAAGAGUGAAGCCUCACGCUGGAAGGUCAGACUUGUGCUUUUGCAAAAAAGCUAUCCGUGUUUGAAUGCAAAAAGAGGACAGACCUUUGAGAAGAUGUUUUUUAUUGUGGCUGCAUAUAAAAAAAAAUCUGUGAGACUGUAGGAGGAUUUUUAAGAGCAUAUUUUGCAGAAGAAGCAUAAAUUCUCAAAUAAGUACUUGGAAUCCAUGGCAAAAAAAAAAAAAAAAAAAAAAGAAUGUCAAAACUGUUUUAUUUAACUGUAUUCUACCAUUCUGUUUCUGGUGCCGGGAGUAGUUUCUGCAGACUGGGCACCCUACUUGAUGUAAAUGAACAACACUAUUGUACAACUGAAAGGAUGCUAGAUUUACAUAUUAUCAAUAAAAUGAAAACCAUUUUGAAGGCAAUAAAUGAGUUUGGUACAGUAGGCAUUGUUUGUGCUGCAAAUUGCCAAAGGACCAAAUAACUUAAAGAUUUUUUUUU